CUGCUUCGACCUUCGACCCCGAGGCCCACGACCCCUGGACUGCGACUGCAGGAGGGUUGAGCCCAGUUGACCUUAGUGCCAUCCUGUGUACGGCGAUUGAUUCUUCAGGCACCAAAAAUAUUAUCAUGGGAUUGCUGUGGUCCUCAGCAUUAAUGCGCGAUAUCUUCAAUUGAACCUGUAUCUCGUAGCAGGAAUCCCCCUCCCAGCCAUUUAUACGACCGCAUUCGACUUGGCCCAACCCUCGGGCGGGAAAGUGACCGUGCUAGCUGUCAACAAACUCAUGGCUGUCAGUGGAUUGCCUCCUGGCACGAUUGACAGGAUUAUGAACAUCGUGGUCGCCCCAACACGGUCAAGGAUCACCAAAGGGGAAUGCAGCGUUGCUUUGGCGCUGGUAGCUAUGGCACAGAAGAACAUGGAUGUAAGCAUCGAGAACCUAAAAGUUCAUCGUGAAGAUUUGCCGAUUCCUCACCUCCCAGGAUUGGAGAACAUCGACUUUGGAAGUGCGAACGAUAACGCCAGGGUUUAUUCAACCUCGACAAUACCAAAACACCAUCCAGUGAAUGUCGGAAGCAACAUGUCCGAUCCAUGGAGGAAUUCGACCUACAAAGGCAACGGGUACCCGCCACCACCAUCGGAUCUUGCGGCGCCACCAAUCUUCUCGACAGAGUCGCCCGCAGUGAAUGAUCCAGAGGCGGUUCAAAAGGAAAUGCAUCAAUGGUUUCUGAAUUUGGAUACUAUCCGGAUCGCGUUCGCGCCCGAGAAGGAGGGGAUCUUUUUGUUCAAACAUACGAAUUACAUCGUUGAAUCCAAGAAUCGUCAAACGACGGUCAUUAGACGAUACAGCGACUUUUGGUGGUUACUCGAGAUUCUGGGGAAACGGUUUCCUUUUAGGAUUUUGCCGAAUCUGCCACCCAAGCGACUAGGAGCUGCGGAUGAAGUUUUUUUGGAGAGGCGUCUUCGUGGUUUGACGAGAUUUAUGAAUGCACUGAUGAGACACCCUGUACUAAGGAAUGAUCCACUUGUACUAUCGUUCCUGACUGAGCCCGUAGAAUUGGCGCUGUGGAGAAAAAAUGUAGUGAUCUCGACAGAAGAUGAAUUCACGACUCAGUUGCCGAUCCCAGAGAGCCUUCAGAGUCACAUACCGCCUAAUCUAGAGCUACAGCUGGAGGGCAUCAAGCGGCGGACCCCUGCAUCGGUGGAGUAUUAUCGUAGCAUGGUACAUAUCAUGGAUCGGGUUCAGAAGCGGACAGAGGCGACAGCAGCAGAUUACACGCGGUUCAGUCUUGCACUCAACGCACUGUCAGACUGUGAAGGGCACUGCCAUGUUGAAGAAUGCUACAAUUGCCAAGAGUUAAGUCAGGGAUACAACAAGAUCGGAUCGCACGUGAAUCAGGCCUCCCACAUCUUGGAGGAGCAGGCCAAAGCGGCCCAGCGAGGGAUAGUCGAGGAUCUGAAGCGCCACCGAGACUUGUUGUUCUCGUUAAUGAAACUGUUGCAAAGGUGUGAGCGCUCACGGGGAGCCGGCGUUAUUGAAAAACUGCAGAGGCAAAUUGCGACGAAUGAGAGCAAAUUGAAGACGCUGCAGGCAUCCGCAGCCUCGGCCGCAACAGCAGCAGCAGCAGCAGCAGCAGCAGCAGCAGGAGGAGGAGGCGAAGUUGAGGGAUCCACGGAUCCGGGUGCCUUUGAGGACAAGAUCGAGAGAGAUCAGACGGAACUCGAGUUACAGAGGCAGAGGGCAAUAUUGAUUCAACACACACUCUGGAUGGAGAUUACAUAUUUUCACAAGAACCAAGCAAUGGUUGCAACCAUGUAUCAGAAUUACGUACGAGAGCAGAUCAAGACUAGUCAGAGCUUGACGGAUACUUGGAAGACGCUUUCGCCUAUUGUGCAUAAUUUACCAAUGGAGGUCAACGGGUUCAAUUGAUGCCUACAAAUAAAGACGGUUCAUUGUAUGUUCUUCUGGAAACCACUCUAACGACUGU